AUGGCAGACGAUGCAACACGAGAAGCAGGCGCGGUUUGGGCCCCAUUCGCCGACACGCUUUACCCUCCUCCGCCGUCGAUCUACACCAAGUAUACGCGACGCAACCUAGCUCUGCUGCAGGAUCUACGCGAGAAAAUCGCGAAGGACCUGCGCAGCAGCCAACUUUCAUCAGCGGAUGAAGUGUCGGCGGCAAGCGCAAGGGAUGUGUGGCUACGUCUCGACCCGCCCGCGAGGAUAAAGAGGCAGAAUGCCUUGCUGAAGAGCGCAAAGCACAAGUCGAAAAAACCCAGUGGCGAAGAUGGCGAUGAGAAAAUGACUUUUACCGCAGAUUCAACGCAAAAUUUAGAAGCAAGAACCGAUGAGGAACAAGGGCAAGCAUCAACCGCUGCCGCCUACGACGAUGAUGGUGAUGGUGUGGAUGAUGAUGAAGAUCCGCUGCCGGAUUUUGAUUUGCAACUUGAGCUGCAACCCCCGCGAUUGGACUGGAUCGAGGAGGAAGGCGAUUACUUCUGCUUUUCGGAGCGCUGGCCGAUACACGAGCGACUGCUACCACUGUCGGCGCACCCGGGAAUGAUCCAGUUAUAUCCCGAAGGCAGCAUAGACCGCAAAGCCACUCUGCAUACCCUCCUACGCACCCUCCUUGCCACUUACUUCAAACUCAUCACCAUACUACAAUCACCCCCUCGAGACUAUCUCGCAUCCGUGCCAGACCCACAUGCGCCGCCGUCGCAAAUUUGGAAAUCCGAAAUGUUGGACCUGAGCGCUUUCAUCCGGACGACGACGAUCAACAUGCAACAUCUGCUGAACGAGAUGCGCCCGGCACAAGCCGUAGAGGGCCUGCGCGAGCUCAUGAAGGAACAGCUGGAGAGGCGCAGGCAGGAGACGAGUGCAAUACGCAGCAAAUGCACAGAGGUUCACGCCAAUAUCGCAGCGAUGCGCGUGGCUCUCUCAUCUGAGGAGCCAGUCGCGACUGGCGCCAUCACGUCGAAAUAG